CAGCCUUACAGAGAGGCAAUCACUCACAAACUACCAAAUUAAAGCCGAGAUUUUGUUUUCAGCAUGGCAAGCCAUGAAAGUGACGAUGAGAUAUCGCUCUCAUCCGCCACACUUAAUGCGCUAAAGGAGUUCUACGCCGAGCGGGAUGCCCGCGCCGAGCAGUUUGCCAAACUACAGGCCAGGGCCGAUGCGCUCCAUGCCGCAGCCGAGGAGAAGGUGCUGUCUAUGGAUGCGUUCGCAGAGGAUUGGAACGAAAGUCAAUUCUGGUACGCGGAUGAAACAGCAGGGCUGUAUGCGAAGCUCCUUCUCGAGGGAGUCACGGAGAACACGACGAUCGCCGUCGUCUCGGCACCAAGCGUGUUUGUAGCAUUGAAGAAUGCUCUCAGCUCGGCGCCCCCAGGACAACCCAAGCCGAAUCUGAUCCUGCUUGAACACGACCAGCGUUUCGCUAUCUUCCCGGAGUUUGUCUACUACGACUUUGCCCAGCCACUGAAGCUGCCGGCGCACCUCAAAGGCACCUGUGACCGCAUCAUUGCCGACCCACCAUUCCUGAGCGAAGACUGUCAGACAAAAACGGCCCUCACUGUGAGGUGGCUCUCUCGCCCACCAUCUGCAUCACCGGCACCAGAUCAGAGCCAAGGCGAGCCACGCCCACAGCCGCGCCUGAUCCUCAGCACGGGUGAGCGAAUGAAGGACAUCGUCACGCGCGUGUAUCGGUCCUUCGGGCUGCGCACGACCGACUACGAACCCAAGCAUGCGCGGGGACUGAGCAACGAGUUCUACUGCUAUGCCAACUUUGAGUGCGAGGGUUGGGGUUGGAGGGAGUAACAAGGGAAGUGGGGGGAUGAAGCAAGGGUUCUCGAAAGUGAAGUGUGUGCAGGAUGGAGCAUGAAAGCGGUGCGGUGCUCAGAGGUAGUAUAGUCAUGGUUACCCGAGAGGGAAAGCGACAACAAAUAGGGAGGGCUUGAGAGGGAUGAGCCCGUCUACGAAUGGCUAGUCGUAUUCAAAAGUAUCACACAAGGGGUCAAGAGAUGCACGCGACAGGUUGAAGUAAUGGCUGGCUACCGAGACGGCUGUUUAAUCUCCACGCUGCCUGCUGC